AUGACUUUGCGUAAUCUCACCACAGAUCAGUCUACACUUCUUGAAUUCAAAGACCAAAUCCUUGAUUCUCACAAUGUCUUUGCCAGUAAUUGGUCCAUCACUAGCUCAGUCUGUCAUUGGGUUGGUAUUUCCUGCAGUGCCCGCCAUGGAAGAGUCUCUGUCUUGGAUCUUUCACACAUGGGCCUUGAAGGAACUAUUGCUCCACACUUAGGAAAUCUCUCGUUCCUAGUCUCACUUAACUUGAGCGGCAAUAAUUUCCAUGGCUAUCUACCCAAAGAAUUGGCCAAAUUGCGUCGCUUGAAACUCCUUGAUCAAAGUUACAAUGCUUUUGAUGGGGACAUUCCUUUAUGGUUUGGAGCUUUACAUAAAAUUAAAUAUUUGAUCCUCAGCAACAAUAAUUUCACAGGUACAAUUCCUCUAACUCUUGCCAACAUGUCGAACUUGGAGACCUUGGACUUGGGGGCACAAUUUGGUUCAAGGAAAAAUUCCAUACGAGAUCGGUGA